AUGUCUCUGACGGUGGAUGUUCCUGGUUUUGGACGCCUCACUCUCCCGUGGGGUGUCGGGAUUUCCGCCAGUGACGUGAUUAGCCUAGCCCAAAGCCGACUGCCUGGUCACUGGCACGGAAACAAGCUCCUCUCAAGUGGGCAGCACCAGCUCGGGACCAAUGAAAUCAUCACCCAGCAGACUGCGGUGCGCGGAAUGGUCUUGGCCAACUAUUCCGAAAUCAGUGCGGAGGAGGCUUGCUACAUCGUGCACACGGCCGAGCGAGGCAUCAGUUUGGAGCAGUUGCAACGGCUCGUAAGGUUCGUCUCAGUUAUGGCGGACCGCUGGUUCGAGACCUACGGUGCCCAUGCCGGAAGCAGACUGAGACUCAGCACCUUCAAUCUGUAUCACGCAAAUCACUGGAUCAUCAAGCCAGCCACGCAAGGCUACCACGAGCAGAACGGAUGCAGCUUGGUGGAGGUGAUGUCUCUGGAUCCUCGUGCGCAGAAGCCGCGCUGGUUCGUGUCCCAUGCUUGGAUAGACCCUCGCUCAAUGCUUCGCUUCUGGUUUGAUUUCUUUGUUUUCUGGCAGAAACGACUGGCAUACGGUGAGCCAGUCAGCGAGUUCCUCGCAUGUCUGGAGCAGCAUGCCCGAGUGAGAGAGAUGCCAGGCAGCACCACGUACUGGGUAUGUGCGUAUGCGAACAACCAGCAUCGUGUCGAAGACGAUAUCAUGUGCAAUCCUCGAAGCACAUCUUUUUACAGAGCCAUGCAGAUGUGCGAAGGGGUUCUCCUGGUGCUUGACUCAGCUGGAACCCCCUUUCAGCGUAUUUGGUGCUGCUUCGAGCAGAGUAUUGCCAUCGAACAUCGGGAGGAUGGUUGGUCCAGGCAUCGUUUGCUGCUGGACGUUGGCGCCACGGACAUGCAGGGUAAAGCUCACGUCCUUACUGAUGGCCUGGCCGGCGUGGAGACACGGAUGAUCGGCAUCGUCGGCUUGUUCAGGAAGUCCGUGCGCGAACGCCCUUUUCCUGCUGCGCUCCUGGCGUGA